AUGAAGUUCCUUUUGGGCCUCUUCGCCAUUCUGUUUUGUGCCAAUGCCGCUCUCGGCCUUACCAUCAUUUCCCGCAAGGAAUGGGGUGCUGCUCCCUCAACCAGCACUCUGGAUAAAUUGGCCAAUGGUAAAUCGUAUGUAAUCAUCCAUCACACUGCCGGUGUUUAUUGUACCACCAAAUCCGCGUGCAUUACCCAAAUGAAGAAUAUUCAAAGCUAUCACCAAAAAACUCAGGGUUGGGCUGAUAUUGGCUAUAAUUUCCUGAUUGGUGGUGAUGGCAACAUUUAUGAGGGACGUGGUUGGAAUGCUGUUGGUGUUCAUGCUUCCGGUUAUAAUUCGCUGUCUUUGGGUAUUUCUUUUAUGGGUAACUACAAUAAUGACAAGCCCACUGCUGCCCAAAUUAAGGCCGCCAAGAAUUUGUUGGCCGAAGCUGUUUCCCGGGGUCAAAUUAUUGCCAAAUAUACUUUGUAUGGUCAUCGUCAGGUUAGUGCCACUGAAUGUCCCGGUACCAAUUUGUGGAAUGAAAUUAAGACCUGGCCCAAUUGGAAAACUAAAUAAAUUAGG